AUGGAAAAUAAGAAUAAAAUACAACAUCUUAUUGUUGAUACAAGCGCUUUCAUACAAAAUGCUGCUUUACAGGAUAUUGGAGUUAAUAUUUUGACUGAACAAGUUGUUGUGGAUGAAAUCAUAAAUAAGAGACAGUUGAGAAAGUUGGUUGUACUACCCUAUGACUUAAAGGUUCAGGAAGCGUUUACUGAAAACGUAAAAUUUGUGACUGAAUUUUCAAAGAAAAGUGGCGACUAUACCAGCCUGUCUGCUACUGACAUCAAGGUAAUUGCACUCACAUAUCAGUUGGAAAAAGAAAAGGUCGGGACAAUACAUUUGAAAAACAGUCCAACAAUAAGAAUUAUUAAAUCUACAUCUGAUAAGGAUAAAGAAAGUAGAAAUGAUCCUAAACUGCCAGUUGGAUUCUAUAUGCCGAAGAAAAAAGAGAGAAAUGAAGUAGUUACAGAUAAUGUAACGACUUCUUCGAAUAAUAUGGAAAAAGGAGAUGUUAUUAAAGAAGAUAUCAGACACGUACAGAUUACAAAUCAUUCGGCGAUAAAUAAUACAAUAAAUGGUACCGAGAUAAAUGAUGUGGAAGAACAAUUUACUUCUUACACAUCUGCAUCUUCGGAUGAAUCGCAAUCGGAUUAUGAAACGGCGUCGGAUAAAGAUGAUGAUAAAACAAAUGAUUUAGCUGAUAAAUUUUCCAAAUUAAAGUGCAAUCCAACUGAUUUAGAAAUAGAGGGUAUGGGUAUGUAUAUUAUGGACAACAUUCUUGCUCCUGUUAAUACAACGUCCAAAAGUGAUGAAUCCUUUAAGGAUGAAGAUGAAUAUGACGGUGACGAUGACGAUGAGAGUGGUUGGAUCACACCAGCAAACGUUUCCAGCAUAAAGAAGCAAGUGGAUUCGGAAAUUCUUGAAGAAAAGGCUGUGACCGUAGCGUGCUUAACAAUGGAUUUUGCAAUGCAAAAUGUACUCAUGCAAAUGGGCUUAAAUGUUGUUGCAUUAGAUGGCAGAGUGAUUAAACAGAUGCGAACAUUCAUAUUCAGAUGUUAUGCCUGUUUCAAGACCACUAGUAUCAUGACAAAGAUCUUUUGCCCACAUUGUGGUAACAGGACGUUGAAGAAAGUAGAAGUUACAUUAGAUGAAAAUGGAAAGCAACAAAUUCAUAUCAAUUUUCGUCGACCUCUCUCAGUCAAAGGAAAGAGGUUCUCGUUACCAACGCCAAAAGGUGGGAAACACGCCAACAAUCCCAUUUUAUGCAUGGAUCAACCGAUGCCGGAACAACGUCCGUCACGUUUGGCACGCAUAAAGAACGAUCCGCUUGACGAUAAUUAUAUAGCUGGUUAUUCUCCAUUUGUUAUGCGCGAUAUAAAUUCCAAGUCAGCUAUAUUGGGCAUAAGGCCGGAUGGUAUUAUCAAAUACUGGAUGAAAAGAAACCCUAAUGAAUCUAAAAGGAGACGAAAAUAAAAACUACUCAUUAUUAAAUCAAUGUUGUUA